AUGGGUGGGGAUGUUUGUUUGUUUCUUAAAUGCCGAACUCUCUCUCUCUCUCUCUCUCUCUCUCUCUCUCUCCAACUGAACAGAAAAGAAGAAUAUUUCAAGGCAAUUCUCUUUUUUCUCUCUCUCCCUCUCUUUUCUCUCUCCCUCCUCUCUUUUCUCUCUCUCUCUCCUCUUUUUCUCUCUCUCUCCUCUUUUCUCUCUCUCCCUCUUCUCUCUCCCCUCUUUUUUUCUCUCUCCUUUUCUCUCUCUCUCCCUCUCUUUUUCUCUCUCUCCCUCUCUUUUUCUCUCUCUCCUCUCUUUUUCUCUCUCUCCCUCUCUUUUUCUCUCUCUCUCCCUCUCUUUUUCUCUCUCCCUCUUUUCUCUCUCUCCCUCUUUUCUCUCUCUAUCUCUUUUCUCUCUCUCCCUCUCUUUCUCUUUCUCUCCCCUCUCUUCCUCUCUCUUUCUCUCUUUUUCUCUCUCCCUCUCUUUUUCCCUCUCUUCCUCUUUAUUCUCUCUCUCUCCCUCUUUUCUCUUUCUCCCUCUUUUUCUUUCUCUCCUUCUUUUUUUCUUUCUCUCUACCCCUCUCUUUUUUCUCUCUCUACCUCUCUCUCCCUUUACCUCACUAUCUCCCUCUCUCUUUUCCUGAAAGAAAGUAUGCCGUUCAUUGCAAUGGAAGUAAAUAAAGAGCAUUCUCUUUCUCCUUUAUCCCCACCCCCUCCGCUUGACAGAGGACGACGUGUUAAAAAUGGCACAUGA